CCCCCCCCCCGCGACGCGAUGCCAUGAUGGAACCGCCCGAGGAACGCCCGCCCUCCGCCGUCGUGCCCGCGAUGCCGGAGUUCCGCGACUGGGGCGGCCUGCCCGAGCUUCCGCUCUCGGAGGUGCUGCGGCGCCUCCUCCCCUGCCUCCGCUCCAUCUACGCCUUCGCGGCCGUCUGCCGCCCCUGGCGCCGCCUCCUCCGCUCCUCCGCCGACCUCCUCCGCCCCCUCCUGCCCCCGCUCAUCCUCAACCCAAGAUCCAGCGUUAUCGCCGCCUUCUACAAGCUCGUCCUCGCGCAGCCGCUCGCCUAUCGCACCGAUCUCCGCGCGGAGGGCGCGGUCCUCCUGUCUGCCUCUCGCGGCCACCUCCUCCUCCACCGCCGCCGCGGCCCGUCCGAAGGCGAAGCCCGCAUCAUCAUCAUCGACGCUUUCACCGGAGCCGAGCGCCGCGAGAUCACGCUCCCGUACCCUCGCUUCUCAUACCACUACGCCGCCCUCUCGCCGACCCACCUCCUCGUCUUCCACUCCAAGCACGCCUUCUUCUCCCUCCCCUUCCCCGACCCAAACCCCAAUCCAAGCUCCUCCAGUCUCCACUGGACCAAGCACAGCCUCCCCCGCUCUGCGUCCUUUGUCACGGGCAUCCUCGGAUUCCGCGGCCGCGUCCUUGGCUUGACCGACCUCGCGCAGCUGCUCGAGUUCCGCCUCUGCGCCAGCCCUCAAGGCCAGAGCCAGACCGUCCAGAUGCUUCCCGCUGCCGGCCUCCCAGACGCCACCACGUUCGAACGGUGGCACUUUGGGCCCCGUCUGGUCGCCGCCGGGGAUCGGCUACUGCUUGUGCUAUUCAUGCUGGAGCCAAAAUCGGCCUCCUUGUUUCAGAAUAAAAGGGGAGUGACGAAGGUGGCCGUUUACGGGCUUGACAUUGCACAGAUGAGAUGGGAGGAAGUGGAGAACAUUGGGGCGUACAGCUUGUUUGUGGACUGCAAGAGUGCUGCUGCGUGCAUAGAUGUAAGAAGCUGCGGCGUGGAGGAGAAUCGAGUUUAUGUUGUGGCUCCUGGGUGCCCCUGGAGAUCAUUUCCACCAGGGUGGGAGGCGGCUCUCGGCGAUGCUGACAAUGAACUGUUUAGCAGAAGAGCAAUGGAUCGGCAGCCGUGGCCAUCAAACAUAUGGGUUUAUCCACAGCUCUUCUACUGAUUAUAUUUGUGUGGCAAUGCUUGUAUCAAAUGUAGAACAACAGUAUCUAGGUUCAGCUGCUGUUUCGAUUGCUGAAGAUGUUGCUUAUAUGGUUUGUGAUACUGCAAUAAUGAGUGAUGUAGUAGUUUGUUGCUUUGA